AUGAACGUCGAUCACGAUCAACCACCUCACACCACCGCCUCCGCCGCCGCCAAAGCACAUCAAGCCUUACACACCCUAACAGCUGGCCCACUCUCCUCAUCAGUCGCGAAACUCGCCGCUUCCUCACAGUGUCUUCCAUCUGAGAGAGACUUCCUCUUCUACGGCAACUUCAACGAAUUCAAGGUCCCUAUGGAUGAAAUCGCGCGUGAAUCACAGUCGAUGUUGGAAGCAAUCGGCGCCGCAGCUAAUGCGGCGUUUCCGUCUGACAUAGACGAUGGAUAUGACUGGCUUGUGAACGUGAACGACGAUGUUUUGGAGCGGUAUGAUGUGUCGGCGGACGAGUUUCGAAAGAUUCGGGAGGAGGAGGAAAAGACUGGGCGUGUGAAUGAGGCUAUGAUGGUGGAUGACGGAUUUGAGUUGGUUUGUGGAAAGAAGAAGAAAGGUGGGAAAGGGAAGGUUGUGGCGGAGGAUUCCAAGAUUCCGCUGGUGGAUCUUGUUAAGAUGGCGAUGAAGGAUAAGAGGACGAUGGGACCUAAGGCGAAGGUGCCAUUUCAUAUACCGACGAUUCCGAGGCCACAAGAUGAGUUUAGUAUAAUUGUUAAUAAUGCUAACGUGCCCUUUGAGCAUGUUUGGUUGCAGAGGAGUGAGAAUGGACAGAAGUUCAUUCAUCCAUUGGAAAAGCUCUCUGUUUUGGAAUUUGUUGAUAAAGAUCUUGGGAAUAUGGUGCCACAAAAACCUGCCUCAUUAGAAAGCACCCCUUUCAAGCUUGUAGAGGAAGUCAAAGAUUUGAAGGAGAUGGCUACUAAGCUACGUUCUGUUAAUGAGUUUGCGGUUGAUUUGGAACAUAAUCAAUAUCGGUCUUUCCAAGGUUUGACUUGCCUCAUGCAAAUCUCAACAAGGGCUGAAGAUUUCGUUGUCGAUACCUUGAAACUUCGCGUUCAUAUUGGGCCCCAUCUAAGGGAAAUUUUCAAGGACUCUUCCAAGAGGAAGGUUAUGCAUGGCGCGGAUAAAGAUAUUUUGUGGCUUCAAAGGGACUUUGGCAUUUAUGUUUGUAAUUUGUUUGACACUGGCCAGGCUUCAAAGGUGUUAAAAUUGGAGAGAAAUAGUUUGGAGUAUCUUCUGCACCAUUUCUGUGAGGUUUCAGCAAACAAAGAGUAUCAAAAUGCUGAGUGGAGAUUGCGCCCUAUUCCUGAUGAGAUGCUAAGAUAUGCCAGAGAAGAUACACACUAUCUGCUGUAUAUAUAUGAUUCAAUGAGGAUUAACUUAGCUUCCUUGCCAAAGGCACCUGAAAGUUCUGAUUCUCCUCUGGUGGAGGUUUAUAAGCGCAGUUAUGAUGUCUGCAUGCAGUUAUAUGAAAAAGAACUUCUGACAGAAAAUUCCUACCUUCAUAUAUAUGGGUUGCAAGGUGCUGGUUUCAAUGCUCAACAGCUUGCCAUUGUUUCAGGGCUGUGUGAAUGGCGGGACAUUGUUGCUCGUGCAGAGGAUGAGAGUACAGGAUACAUAUUGCCAAAUAAAUCUGUUCUUGAAAUCGCUAAGCAGAUGCCUGUCACUACAAGCAAGCUACGGCGGUUGCUGAAGUCAAAGCACCCAUAUGUUGAACACAAUCUUGAUACUGUUGUUAGCAUCAUUAGGCACUCAAUUCAGAAUGCUGAUGCUUUUGAAGCAACUGCUCAACAAUUGAAAGAAGGACAAGCCACCACUGCAUCGGACACAGUAGCUGUUACAGAUCAAACUGAAGAUCCUGUGAAGGAAUCUUUUCAGCAUCAAGAUACCGAGGUACAAAUAAAAUUGAAGCCCAAUAAUCUCACAUCUGAGCUCCCAAGGGAAAGCCUCACUAUUUCAGAGCAGACUAGGGAUGCAAAUGUUGAUGCAAUCUCUACAUUGAAGGAAAUUGGAGCAACUGUUCAGGUGCUUAAAAAGCCUGGCGGUGCUUUCGGGGCACUUCUGGGGAGCUCCACUUCAAAGAGGAAGCUUGGUCUUGAUAAAAAGGGCAAAGAAGAUAUCAAGCUAGAGCAAAUUAGAUCAUCAGUCACUCUUCCUUUCCAUUCAUUUUUGGGUAGCAGUCAGACCUCAAAACCUGUAGUAGAAACUCAUAGUGUUGCACCAGAGCAACAAAAACCUGUUUCUGAUCCAGUUUCCACCUCCGUGCCAGAAGAGAUCAUAAUGCUGGACACUGGUACAGGUGCAGAGGAGGAUAUAGAGCAGGAUAAUAAUUUAGAAAACUCCAAUGAACACACGGAGAAAAAUUCUAGUGCCUCAUCUUCGGAUGAGGACGAGCCAAGGUCUCUCUCGGAACUGUCAUCAAACUUUCAAAAGUGCUUUCAGGCAAACAAUCAACAUAACAAAACCAGAAAGCCAAAGAAAACUGAACAAGCUAGUGGCUUAUUGCAGCUGACACCAUUUGACUACGAAGCAGCAAUGAACCAUGUUAAGUUUGGAGAAAGAAAGAAAGACCCAUCCACCCAGGACUGUGACAAUCGUGUGGAAAAAGAGGGCUCUGGUGGCAAGAAGAAGCGUUCGACAAUAGGAGAGGCACAACCGAGUGAGCCUAAACAAUUUCAACAAGGUAGACGGCGUCAAGCAUUUCCUGCUUCUGGGAAUCGCAGUGCAACGUUCCGAUGA